GCGAAUGGUGGGCAUUUGGCUUGAGGAGGUAGUCCCAAGUCACAAACACGAAUAACGGCAGACCAGAUCGCAGCUGAAUCCAGUGAACAACACUGUGGCUAUUUUUCGGAGGCCGUUUCAGCACGCUUUCUUUUCUGUUCACCGACCUUACUGGAAUCGCAUCGCCCAUCACAAUGCCCGCCCCGACCGCCCUCAAAACGGCAGACGAUGCCCCGCCAUCCAACCUUCCGCUCGACGAGCCCCAACAGGACGAGGAACUUCUCCUCGAUGCCCCCGACUUGCCCGCAGAUGUAGAUUCGGAGCUCAUUCUUCAGAAGAUUCCAAGGUCACGAGAAGGCGAAGAGGAUGGUGAUGGCAUGGCUAUCGACGAGGAAGGCCGACCUAGGUUUGCGCCGGGCAGAGACAUCGAUCCGGCAAAACGGACAGAGGUCCGCAAAGUCCCCAUCCCGCCCAACUGUCUGACUCGCCUCAAGAACAACUGGCCCAAGAUUUACCCUCCCCUCGUCGAAUCUCUCAAGCUCCAGGUCCGCAUGAACCCGCGCCGGAAGACGGUUGAGAUGCGUACCUCCAAACAUACCGCCGACGAUGGCGCGCUCCAGAAAGGCGAGGAUUUUGUCCGCGCAUUCGCUCUCGGUUUCGACGUCGACGACGCCAUCGCCCUGCUUCGCCUCGAUGACCUUUACAUUGAGAGCUUCGAGAUCAAGGACGUAAGGCAAGUCAUGGGUACCGAUGCUCAGAGCCGUGCCAUCGCCCGUAUUGCCGGCCGCAACGGCCAGGUCAAGUUCGCCAUCGAGAACGCCACGCGUACCCGUAUCCUGCUCGCCGACAACAAGAUCAGCAUUCUCGGCGCCUACCAGAACAUCAACAUGGCACGCCAGUCCAUCGUCUCCCUCAUUCUUGGCAAGCCGCCAGCGAAGGUGUAUGGUAACCUUCGCACUGUAGCUGCCAGGAUGAAAGAGCGGUUUUGAGGUCUAGGAGUUGAUCUUCCCUGGUCCCUGGCGGGAGGGGGGAAGAGGGCCACCAUGCAAAUGAUAUCACGACCUGGGAUUUUCUUGCUUAUUUUGGAGAGGGUCUACUGGACAGGCUGCAAUGUCCUGGACUGCCGACUGCCGCUCUGAUGGCGAGUGUUUCGUCGAAUUUGGCUUGCUCUCGGGCUGGGAGGAUAGAUUAGCAUGUCAUGAUACGGCGUUGAUGGGUUUAUUUUAUUCUCAGGGGAGAACAAAAGAAAAGAGAUGAUGUACCGGCUAAAAAAUCUUAGCCCAUUCUUCUACCACCCUAUUACAUAUGGUGCUCUCUUCUUGGUUUCUGCUAGAUGCUUCGAAAUGUUCAAUGGACUCUCCACUGGCACUUCCAUUACAGUUCGUGCAUUCAUCAACCAUAAAAAAAGCCCUGCU